AUGCCGCCGGACUGCGACGCCUUGGAGUGCCGCGACCACUUCACCAUCCUCAUCUUCCCGUUCUUGGCCCUGUUCAUCGGUGUCCUCUCCAUGCCGCUGUCGCGCCUCAUCCACAUCCCCUACACCCUCUUCCUCCUCGUCAUCGGCAUCGUCAUCGGCCUCAUCGGCUGCCGCGUCAACCUCUCCUGGCUCUCCGUCUCCCUGCUCCAGUGGGUCCAUCUCAACCCGCCCACCAUCUUCUUCUACAUCUUCCUCGCCCCUUUGAUCUUUGAGGCUAGCUUCAACGCCAGGUGGCAUGUUUUUAAGAGACUCCUCAUGCCCAUUUUGACCGCCGCUUUCCUCAUCGUCAUCCUGCAGUGCGCCCUCAUCGCCUCAUUUCAGAUGCUCGUCAUCAGGUAUGACGGAUGGAACUGGUGGGCCGCUCUCAUGUUUGGCUCUAUGCUUUCGGCCACCGACCCGAUUAGUGUCACCGCCACCCUCAAGGCCCUGGGAGCCUCCGAGUUUCUCAACACCCUCAUUGAGGGAGAGUCUCUCGUUAAUGAUGGCUCCGCCUUCGUCCUGUGGGAGGCCUUUAUUGAGAACACCAUCGACUCUGAUGCUCUCAGCAAAGGGCAGAUCGUCCUCAUGGUCUUCAAGCUCAGUCUGGGUGGCAUGCUCAUGGGUGUCGCCUUUGGCAUCAUCGCGCUCGUUAUUCUGGGUCUCGUCUACGAUGAAUUCGAGGUUGAAACCUCACUCACCGUCAUCGUCGCCUUCUUGGGCUUCUGGACUGCCCAGUCCCCUUCCAAGCUCUCGGGAGUCAUCUGCAACGUCGCCUCGGGCCUCACCAUCUCGGCCUUUGGGCGCCACUUGAUCACCCCGGCCGUGCGCGGGCCCCUCGCAGAGUUUUGGGAACUCCUGGGCUGGAUUGCAAACACCAUCGUCUUUGUCCACGCCGGCCUGCUCCUCUCCGCCUUCUCCUGGUCCUGCGCCGGUGAUCCCAACACGUAUGUCGACUACCUCCUCAUCUUUGGAUAUUACCUCUUCUUGCAGUUUAUUCGCAUGGGACUCAUGCUUAUCUUCCAGCCCUUGAUGUCCGUGGGCAACAAGUGGUAUCGAUGGAAGGAAGCUGUCGUCGUUGGGUUCAGCGGCCUUCGUGGAGCUGUGUCUCUGGUGCUCGCCCUCGAAGUUGCCGGCAAAUCCGAGAUUGAUGAGAGAAUCAAGUCAAGAGUCGUCUUGUGGGCGACGGGUGUUGUCGCCCUGAGUCUGCUGGUCAAUGGUUUCUUGAUCAAGCCGCUUAUCAAGUCGUUGAAGCUUGAUAAGGCCAAGAAAUCUCGCGAGGACUUUUUACAUCGCGCCCGCGCCAUCAUGGUCCAGCGUUCCUUUGUCAUUCUCGACCGCCUUUGCAUUGAGACGGGCUUCAAAUCGGCGCGUUGGUCGUACGUCGUUAAGAACGUCCUUCUUGACGAAUGGCUGGAGGACAGCGAACACGGCGACGAUUACCGUGAGGCCUUGGAGCAGAUCAUGGACAACAACCAGGCGUCUCACCGAAAGAGUCUAGAAAUCGUCGGCAAUGAGGCUCGACUCACAAAGAUGCACAACGACUUUAGUAAGAGGAUCAGUAUGGGCCAGGUUUCCGAAAGGUACAGCCUCGCUGGAACGGCCGAUAUUACGACACACAGUGGCAUGCACGCGGGUUCCCCGGUGAUGUUUUCGGGUGCACUUGCCAGCCCUCGGGGAGGAGUCGCAAGUCCCUCUGGCAUCCGAAGCCCUGCCGGGCCGUUGAGCAUGGAUGGUGCUGGCCUCGUCCCUCUUUCGCUCGGUAUGGGCGCCAUGCAAGGCGGAAACUACAGCCUGGAAGGCGGCGGCACCAACCGACGCUCCAUCGACGCAGAUGUUGCCCGCUAUCAACGUGGUGGUGAGCGCCCAGAGAAAUUGACCCAAGCACGCAUUCAUCUCGAAGUGGCUGCCUUGCACCGCAAGGCGCUGGAAGGGCAGACAUUCGAACUCUCCGACGACGACCGUGAGGUGCAGAGGCGUCUGUUGACCGCAAUCCUCUCGCAUGUGAGGGCGAUUUCAAACGCUAGUCUCGUCGAGUUCAACGUACUUCACAACCUGGAAGAGGAUUGCCAACUCGCACUCGAUGCCAACGACGAGGGCAAGGACUAUGAUCUCUUCUCCUUCCUCGACAAUCGCGGUCGCCAGACAGGCAAGAAUCCGCUGUACAAGUCAUAUUUGCGACUUAUUGAAGGCAAGCGUCUCAAGGGUCAGACAUCAAUCACAACGGCAGUGCUCGUAUUCGGGAUCCUCACUGAAAUUCUCAAGGCAGAAAUUUUGCACUCUUCCCCCAUCGUCCAACUCCAGGCUGAGCAUCUGUACGAGGCAGCAGCCGCACUCCUCAACCGCCUCGAGACUCUCAACCCAUACGCAUUUGAAUGGGUGCAGUCGCAAUUCGCCAUCUACGUCACCUCCAAGAAGCAGGAUGAAGUGCUCUCAGACAUGCUCGCAAGCGGAAUCGUCGAUCAACAAGAGUAUGGUAUCAUCCACGAGGAACUGGUCCAUGUCAGAAGGGACCACGUCCGCAGUCGACAUUCACUCUUCUACCGCGGCAGGAAUAGAUUGGCGGUACGUCCCAAACCUCGCGCCAUGGUCCGUGAACAUCCGCUGUUCUCAGGCUUGCCUAUGCAGCUAAUGUCAAGCAUAGUUGACCGCUAUGGUGAGCUGGUGCACCUCAAGGGCGGACAGUCUGUGCAAGCCGACAAGGGCUCGUUGGUGCUUGUGUUGGAAGGAGCCAUCCGACCGUUAGAGGAUCAUUCCGCGCCGGGACAAGUCUCAGCCGUUGUUGCCGGGCAAUUACAACAGAACAACUCAAGCGGGAGCGGUAGUGCCGUGGAGGAGAGGGGCGCUAAGGAGAAGGUCUUCACCCCCUUGGCUUCAGGAGCAACCAUGCAUUGGUGCUUCCCAGCACACAACGGUUUCUGCAGCCCCACGCUGACCCUUCACGCACACGCCGCCGAUGCCGGUGGACCAAUCGCCAUCGCCCAAGAGCGUGCCACAGAUUCGCAGUUCUGCUGCUGCGAAAUUGCCGGGGAUGCAACUGUCUUCACAUUGGCUGUGAAUCACGUUCGCCGUUUGGCACAGGAAAGCGAGACCUUCCGCAUGGAAAUUACGAGGUCUCUUGCUCGCGAAAUUGUACUAGAGUCUGUGUCCGAUCAGAGACCUUAUUCACUCGCUCAUUUCAUGGAUGCCUCCGGUGCCGAGGACGUGAGCACGGUAGUAGGAAGGGCCUUCCGCGUACUGGAAAGGCUACCGUACAUGACCGUCCUUGCUCUGGAAGCAGGGGAAACAUCAGCAUCCCACGUGCAAGGCCCUGGUGUUCUCCUCAACGGCAAGGUGAGAGUGUCCAUCGUGGACACGAGUGGACUCGUGGGGGCUGUGAAUUUAUUGCAUGAGGAACUUACGGGCCCCGCCCUACUGCCCGCCGGUGGUCUCAUUCUGCAGGAGGUACACAACCCAGACGGUACUUCGCAGGUAGGGUCCGAAGUCGACGACGCUGGGCACCAUCAACCACCACUGCCAGCCGUACCGCCACCAUUUUCAUCGGACAUGGCCGUGGAGGCUGCAGAAGCAGCGCAAGAGUUGCUCGAGUUCACCGAGAAGAGACGAGACUCGCGGGGAGAGGUAGUGCCAUCCCGUGUCCUCGCGCAUGUGUUGAUCGAAGAAAUUUCGGAAACUGACGUCACGGCGCUGCGGCGACUGAAACGCUGGAGCGGCAGAGAACUUCAGAUUGAUAUGAACGGUCGCUUUGGUAUGUUUCGCCACGUCGACAUGCAUUCCUUCAAUGGCAUGAAGGUGGAAUAGCAACACACAAAUAUUGAGAUAAUAAGAUAAAACGGCUUUGAAAA